GUGACACAAGGAGAAAUUGUGAGCAAGAAGAAAAAACUCAAUCCACUAGUUAUCAUUUUGAUUCCAAUUGGUGCACUGCUAAUAUUGAUAUUGCUAGUGUUUAUAAUUUGGUAUCUUCGAAGGAGACAAGUACCUAAGUUUCAAGAGUUAGAGAGGAACCAAAGGAACAAAAUAGGAAGUAAAAAUAAAGCAAGAAAAAGUGGAGAUAAUAGCAAUUUGCAAGUUUUUAGUUUUGAUGAGAUGAAGGAAGCUACAAAUAAUUUUUCAUUUGAAAAUAAGCUUGGAGAAGGUGGAUAUGGACCAGUUUAUGAGGGAAAGUUGAAGAAUGGGGAAAAAAUAGCAGUGAAAAGGCUAUCAGAGACUUCAUCUCAAGGAUUGGAAGAAUUUGAAAAUGAAGUGAUUCUUACGGCAAAAUUACAACAUAUAAAUCUUGUAAAAGUUGUGGGAUUUUGCGUUGAAAAUGAAGAAAAAAUGUUGAUUUAUGAAUAUAUGCCCAACAAGAGCUUGGAUUACUACAUUUAUAAUCAAGUGAGAAGAUUAGUUCUAAAUUGGGAAAAAAGAGUGCAAAUAAUUGAAGGCAUUAUUCAAGGGCUAUUAUACCUCCAAGAAUAUUCAAGAUUAACAAUUAUCCAUAGGGAUAUAAAAGCCAGCAAUAUUCUAUUGGACUUACAAAUGAAACCAAAGAUUUCUGAUUUUGGAAUGGCAAGAAUGUUUAAGGAGGAUGAAGUUGAAGCAAAUACAAGCAGAAUAGUUGGAACAAAGGGUUAUAUUCCACCUGAAUAUGCAAUUGAAGGCAGAUAUUCAACAAAAUCUGAUGUUUUCAGUUUUGGAGUACUUCUUCUUCAAAUCAUAAGUGGAAAAAAGAAUACAUGUCUAUAUGGUCCAGAUGACAACUUAAACCUUCUUGAAUAUGCAUUUGAGAUGUGGAAAGAUGGUAAAGGCAUGGAAUUUAUGGAUCAAUCACUUGAUGAUACAACACAUUCUUGUAAACUAUUGAAAUGCAUGCAAAUUGCAAUAUUAUGUGUCCAAAACAAUCCAUUGGAUAGGCCUACAAUGUUGGAAAUUUCAUCUAUGUUCAAAAAUAUUGAAAAUUUAGUUAUGAAUUCCCCUAAGAGGCCUGCAUUUUCUACAAGACAAGAUGAAGAUCAAGUUGGCAAUAAUAUUCCAAAUGGGGAAUUAGACAUUGACAAUGCAACAAUUACACAAUUGGUUGCAAGAUGAUAUAUGCUACUCUUUGCCAUGUAUUUAAAUAUGAUUAGCAGGUAAUUUGUCUUAUUUUAGAAAUUAUGAAUCCCAAUUAUUUAUGGAUGUUGAC